ACAACAUUUCCCAUGAAUCAAAGGAAGCGUGCAAAAAAAAAAAAAAAAGCCCAUGUCUUUGUUGUUGUUGUGGAAAGGCACAGCUCGUGAUAACAACUUUUUAGACUAAAACCACUGAUGACAUUGAAGCUGAAGCUGAUCUCGUGCCUGUCUUUUGAAAGAAACCCCAAGCAGUGAGCAGGUGAAUGAGCACUGAGGCACAGUUUUCUUCUGGCCAUGGAGAAAGAAUGGACGGUGGAGUUUCAGAACAUGGGCAGCAGCUACUUCCCGCAGAGUCGAGUGGAAUGCCACUACAGCAUCAGCGCUCAGCACAGCUGGGCUAGCAGCGACUGGAUCGGCCUGUUUAAGGUUGGCUGGUCAUCUUUGAGAAACUACCAUACAUUUGUGUGGGCUCUGGUUCCAAGCAACUACAAGGAAGGGACUGAUGUUAACUGCUGCGUCCACUUCCAAGCUUGCUAUUUGCCAGGCCCCAGUGCUGAGCAGUACCAAUUUGUGUAUGUGGAUGGGAAAGGCGAAGUGUGUUCCUGCAGCUCCGCUUUCACUUUCUGUGCUCCAAAGCCACUGGAGGAGCUGGUGACCCUAGAGCAAACCCUGGAGGGAGGAGAAGUCAGCGAGGACAUGCUGGUUGUCAUUCCCAAGGCCGAGCUUCUGCAGAGCCGGCUGGAGGAGUGUCUAAAAGAGAGGGCUGACUUAUUACUGGCUCUAGAAGUAGCAGAGAGAAGCCGUGAACAUGAGCGAAAGUGCUUAGAAAGGACCAAAGCGGCAUGGGAGCAGAGGAGCAAGGAGCUGGAAGGGGAACUCAGGCACACCAGAGAGCAAAUGGAGGACAUGAAGAAGAAGCAGGAGAUGGCAGCUCUGACCGGGGUUCUGCAGGAGGAGAAGCAGGCCCUGCAAGUUAAAGAAGCGGCCAGUGGGCAGAGGAUCAGCCAGCUGGAGGACGACAUCAGGGUGCUCACCCAGAAAGCCCUGGAGAGAGAGACAGAUCUAGAGAGGGUGAAGGAGCGAGCCAAAAAAGCUGCAGCCCAAAAAAAAGAAAUAGAAGCUGAACACAAGAAUAUUAAGAUGAAGCUGGAGCAGACAGAGAAGGAGCUGCAUAGCCUAUCUACAGAGUUCCAGAGUCUGAGAAGUUCCCUGGCUCAGAGAGACACGCACGCCCUGCAGUUACGAGACGCCAUUACCACGCUGACGCACAAACUAAACAGCGCACACAGGAAGGAGGCAGCCAAUGAAUUGGCUUUGGCAGACCUACGCGGUGUUCAGGAGCGACUGAGUGCCCGUGAACGCUGUGUUGAGAGUCUGCGGAGUGAGAUCAGAGACAUGGCCGCACAGAGGGACAGUGGCCAGGCCGACCUUCAUCAGGCCAGACUACAAGCGGCACAACUCACCCUGCAGCUGGCAGAUGCCAACCUGGCACUGCGGGAGGCUCGUGCCAGCUGGGUGCAGGAGAGAGAGAGUCUACAGUGUAGCACUGAGAUGAUCAGGACGCAUUUGGACAGGCUAAAUGAUGAGAUCAAGCAGAAGGAAGAGCAGCUGCUGGAGGAAAGGAUGGAAAGGAACAAAGCAGAGGUGGAGCUAGGGCGAGAGAAAGACUGCAACCGGGUUCAGCUGAGUGAAACUCGAAGAGAGCUGCAGGAACUGAAGGCCAGUCUCCGGGUGGCACAGAAGGAAAAGGAGCAACUGCAAACUGAGAAAAAGGAGGUGAUUGAGUACAUCCACCAGCUGGAGCAGAGGCUGGAGACCCUGAGCGGCUCUAAAUGGAGCUUGACCGAGUUGUUGCAGAGUAAUCAAGCAGACAGCUCCCUCUCCGAGUCGGAAGAUGAGAAUCCUGAGGCACUAAGGCCUCUGAGUCACUACAGCCUCUGUGAGCAGCCCCAGGCUGAACAUCUCCUUGUUCUGCCCACUACUCCACCUCCGUCCCCACGAAUCCUGCACUCGUCUCAGGCCGUGGUAAUAAGUCAACCCGCUCCACUCUGCUCCCCACACCAGGCUAGUGAGGACACACACCCACACGUGCACAGCUCAGAGUCGGAAGAGGAGUAUGAAGUGUUUCAGUCAGGUGGGAAUAGCUCUGGAGAAGAGAUGGCUCUCCUCCUGCCUAACCACAGAAACAUUAUGCUCAGUGAUGUGGAAGAGAGCCCCCUGUGGUGAGGAGUGGAAUUACGAUAUCAGCCUGUUACAGGUCUUUGCACAGUCACACGUAUUGACAUAUGCAAUUUGCUUUGCGUUUUUAUUGUAAGCACUUUCAGUAAGCACAAGCUAAAAAAAAAAAACCACACAUGUACCUGUUUAAAUACUUAACACUACGAAUGCAUCAGUACAGAUAAGGGUGUCUGUAUCUCCUUCACUACGACUCAUAAGGAAUGCUCCAAUACAAGCAGCUGAUUCCACGUGAUAUGUCUGUUUGUGAUAUAACCGUGGUGUACAUGCCUUUUGCUAUUAAUUAAACCGAUGGCCUGAAUUAAGAACAAUA